GUAGUGGGUCCCUAAGAAUGCGGGGGUGGACACGCCCAGUUAGCCGUUGUCGAACUGAAGCAGCUCACGCUCUAGCUACUGCCCCUCUUCCAUUUCCUUUUCACACACACUUCCAAUGAUCACAAUUCACAACAACACUCACUCACCUUAAUCAAACAAAACCACACACUCCACUCCCAACAACAACAAUGGUGGGAUUCUACGACCUCUCCGACACCGACAACGACUCCGCCGUCGAAGAAAUAAUCUCGCAGGCCCAAGACGCAGUCGUUCUGGACCAAGUCUCCGCCAUCAACUGCUCCGCCUUCACUGACGACUCCCUUCUCCCCUCCCACCUUGAAACCCGUUUCCGCAACCUCAAAUCCUUCCCUCCCACCAAACCCAAACCCAACACCAUCGCCAAAGCUCGCACCUUUUCUUCCAAUCUCUCUUCAGCAAACCCCCAAAGUCCCAAUUUUUCACCACCCAAACAGAACCCAGAUUCUGGGUACACCUCGUCGCACGAGAAAAAGAGUUUCAGAGAAAAAACUAAAGACGGGUCUCUUUCUGUUUCUGCUUCUUCACCCCCGUCUGCUUCUGCUUCUGCUUCUUCCCCUUGCUCUGAUGAAAGUUCCAUGUCUUCCUUGUUCAAACCGAAGCAAAAGGAAGAAGGUUCCAAACAGGACUCUUCUGUGAGGUCUUCGAAUUCUCCUUCGCCUCCUCGGAGGAGGGGUUGUUUGUGGUUCUUUCCGAAGAAGAAGAAGGAGGAGGAGAAGGAGAAGAAGAAGAAGAAAAGCAAGCAGAAUUGGGGUGAUGACUUGUUGUCGGAAUUGGGAAGCUUCUCGAGGAAGGAACAACAAAAAAUGCUCAAGAAGGCGAUGAAGGAAGAAGAGAAGGUUAGCCGCGAGGCUGAGAAGAUCGUCCAGUGGGCCAAGCAAGCAUCUGCAAGGUUCAACCUUGAGGAUGAGCUCAGUGAUUGAUGACUAGAAUACAGAACACUGAAUUUUGGGUUUUCUAUAUCAUUUUAGGCUUCGUAUAAUCAUAGAAGAAGAAAAUUAGGAGUUAAGCUGUUGCAAAGUAGUAUAUUGUUUUCUUGUUUCAUUUGGGGAUAAUGGGAGACUAUCAAUUUCAUUUGUUUGUGUUUAGAUCGAUACAGAUAUGUUUACAUAGUUUGGGGAUUGGCUGCACUGCGUUUACACAAUGAAGAAUGGAGAUAUGGCAAUUUUGUUUUGGUUUCAUGAUCUCCUUAAAUGGGAAUUACUUUAUUGUAUAUGUAGCUUUACAAUAUAUUGUACGCUUGUAAUUUGUUACAGAUUAACAAUCCUAGUUCGAACGAA